AUGGCUUUCAAGUUGAUCAUCUUCGCUGCAGUUAUCGCUGCAUCCAGGGCCGGCCUCAUUGGAGCCCCUCUCGUUGCCCAACCUGUUGCUGUGGCCAAAACCGUAGUUUCUGACGAAUACGAUCCUCAUCCUCAGUACUCGUACGGAUACGACGUCCAAGACGGUUUGACAGGUGACAGCAAGAGCCAGGUUGAGAGCAGAGACGGAGAUGUUGUUCACGGAUCGUACUCCCUGACUGACGCCGAUGGCCUUCGUCGUACCGUAGACUACACUGCUGACCCAAUCAACGGUUUCAACGCUGUAGUACGUAGAGAACCGCUCGCAGCCAAAGCCAUAGUCGCUGCCCCUGCCCUAGCCAAAGUAGCCGCCCCAGUAGCAAUUGCCGCCCCAGCAAUCGCCAGAUACGCCGCCCCCGUUUCCCACCUGGCUUACUCCGCCCCUGCGAUCGCUCCUGCUCAUGUUGCCUAUGCUGCUGCACCCGCCCAUGUUUCAUACGCUGCAGCACCCGCCCAUGUUUCAUAUGCUGCUGCACCCGCCCAUGUUUCAUAUGCUGCAGCACCUGCCCAUGUUUCAUAUGGUGCCGCCCCAACCCAUGUGUCCUAUGCCGCCCCAUCCUUGGCAUACUCGUCCCUCAUUCACUAA